UAGGUCUGGUCUUAAGUAAUGAUCUCUGCAGCUGACUUCAACAGACAAGUUGUUCACUCAUAGAGAAAAAGAUUGUCAGGGGAAAAAAUAAAUAGAGCUGCAGAGCAGAGGAAACCACGGCUCACCAACACAGAUCACCAUCACUGCCCCUUAGUCCACCCAACCAGGACGGCAUCCACAGCCUUCUACCGGGGAAGAGACAGGUAAUGGAGAAGUUCUUUAAGCCCGUUCACAGCCCCUGUGGCCCGGACGAGACCAAGCCGCGGAGACAGCACCAUCAUCAUCACCAAGAACCUCAGUCACACAGGUACGCAAUGUUUGAUGACACAGACAGAAAUACAGACGAAAGCCAUGGGCACCACCGUCACCAUCAACACGGUCACUAUCUCCAUGACAACCCCCAUCAUGAUGCCCACCAGCGUCAUCAAACACAGCAAUUUCACCACAGUGAGGAAGACGAGAUACUUUACGACCACGAAACAUCGGUAACUCUCUCCAGGGCCUCUUCCUCCUCUCUCUCUUCCUCCUCUUCCUCCUCUUUUUCUUCCUGGUACACAGAGACGAGUGCAAAUGACCCCUUCUCUCUUCGUCAUGCCGAGCAGCCGCAGCAUUCCCUGUCCUGCUCCAACAUCGCAGACGUGCGCAGAGGUUUCAGAGAGGACGACAGCAGCGAGCCCCUCGUCUAUGCCACCAUCAAACAUGGCAAGAGCGGCAGUAUUUGUAGUGAGUUACAGGGGAAUACACAAAAGAGGAAAAAGCGUGGUUUUUCUUCUCUUGACCGAGGUCACAGCAUCAGUGACCUAGGCCUCCUGCAGGGUAAUGAGAGGGAUGUUGGACAGGGACAAUCCAGGGUACCUCAUAUGAACUAUGGACCUCUGUAUAAGACAGCUAGUUUGAACCGAAGCCUGGCUUUCAGUGAGGAGGACAUUCUGUUAGGGGUCUCCAGGGGUCCCAAGAGAGCAGUGUCCUCUAGCCAGCUACCCAGCAAAGGCAUCCUUAAAAACAAGGCGCCUCUUACUGACAUUCGCAAGGCUAAGUCAAUGGAGGUGCUGUCCCCAAGAAUUUCCAACGGACAAGAUCCCAGUGGACAGAAGGGGAAAGGGGUAACUCAAGUCGAGGUAGAGCAAGCCAGGGCAAAUUUUGUGCAGGGAAAAAUGCAAUUCUCAGCCUUUCUAGAUGAGAUUACAAAACAGGUUAUAAGUCCGUCACAACUCAACAUCUUGGGUGUGAACAGUAAUAAAACUACUGGAAAGACACCCGCCCCAGCGCAAACACCUGCCCCAGCACAAACACCUGGCCCGGUCAAGCCUCAGCUCCCACCCAAGAAGCACAGAGAGAGCUCAGGGCAGGAGAGGGAGCAGCAUCCGAAACAGCACAGCAGACAGGAGAAAGCAGCUCGCAGCAGCUCUCGGAAACACUCCAACUGCUCCAACCCUGACAAACUGAUCUCAUAUGCGGCUAAGAACCACCACGGUAGCCCCCCACCUCAUCACUACCCCAACUCUCCCAGCCACAGUACUCACCAUGGAAGCAGCCGUAAAGACAGGAUGCCCUCGCCCACAGGGGGCUCCGUGUCAGGGGACAGAUACGGUAGAUGUGGCUCUCACCUCACAGAUGGCACCAGCACCAGCCCUGAACCCAGCCAGCCCAAACGCCACCACCGCAAACAGCAGCCCACCGCUGCCUCCUACCCUGAACAUACCCAGCACUUCCCUCAGCACCAGCCCCAACAGGUCCACCCUGGCCCUCCUGCGGGGCCGGGCCUCGGAUCUGAAUCUUCAUCCACAAAAUCAGAUUCAUCCAGGGCCAGGGACACAGCCUCCACACCUACCAGUCACAGCUCGGAGCAGAGUGUCCGACACCAUUCACUGCCUGUGGGGCACUCUAGACAACGCAGGGACACACUGAGCGAUGCAGACCACCUCCAGGCACUGCAGGAAGAGAAUGACGAUCUUCACCAGAACUUAUUGCAGACGGUGGUUUGCAUCGAGAGCCUGGAGGCGGAGUUGCAGAGGACCAGGGACGAGCUCAGCCAUGUCAAGGAGAAAUAUAAAAGCCUUCUAGAGACCCACACUGGGACCAAGCAGGCCAAUAACCUGCUGGGGGAACACCUCCAUAUAGCAUCAGAGAGCCUGAGCAGUGAGAGGAAGUACCUACUGAACCGUGUGUCCCAGCUGAGCUCAGAGUUGGAGGACGCUCACAGGACCAUGGCAGCCCUGGAGAACAUUAAUGUGCCGUGCUUGAUAAAGGAGUUAUUAGAGAAGCACUUUGAUUCAACUGAGGCCAUACAGAAGUUUCUGAUGACUCCUGCUCCAAUCAGCCAUUCUGCCGCCUCUCCACAAGCAGACGCCCAAUCCCAUGCUCCUAAAAUGGAGCAAAAAGCACAUGAUUGGUUGGCAAAAUCAGACGCAGGCACACAGAGGGUCACAGCCUUCCUACCAUUUAAACAGGGAGGGCCGACAGCAGGAAUUGAAGCCAGUCCCUCAAGCCAGCAUGAGUCCAGCCAAAGCCCACCUUUCUCUGUAGCUGACAUCAGCACUGCUAUCUAUAAGAAAAUGGCUGCCAGUUAUUCUGCCAGACCACAACCUCUCUAUCCCCAAAGCCAACAGCAGCCUCUCCUGGGCACUAACCACACUGACACUCCUCCAAACCUCCAGCAGGCCCAUGUGGGUGGUGAUAGCUGGGGUGGGAAGGGAGGGGUAAAGGUAACUCUUUUGGAGCAGGAGUUUGUGGAUGUGACGUCCAUGUCAGCUCAGCAGAUCCUGGAUGAGUUCAUGCAGCAGCUGCAGCCCCAUAAGGAGACAGGUGGAGGAAAGGAGCAGCAGGGUGGUCAAGAGUGGGCGAGUGGAGCGGAACAUACGGGCAAAGUGGCAGACUGAAAGUGGCAUCUAAAAACAUGGCAGGAUGAAUGUAUAUGCUCAUCUUGUUGCCUUGAAGUAUGUAUUUAUUCAUGUAUCAGAUGCAAACAUUGUACCCUCAAACUACCAGUUUUGCUGAAGCUGAGAAAAUCACUUUUUUGGCUUGUAAAUAAUAAAUGAUAAAUGUACUUUUAGGAUUUUAAAAACCAGAAUUCAUGAAGGAAAAGGAAGACAUUUCUUUUGAAAAAUAAAGCCCACAUAUAAAUCAAUUAUAUUUGGACAGCAGUUUACACUCAAAACUUUUAACCUAACAGUUAAUGCAUGUAAAAAUUAGCAACAGACCAAUUAAAUGCUAAAAUAUUUAUGAAAGGGAAGAUAAAUAUAAUUAUAGCAAACUAUUUCCACGUAUACUUAAUACCUUUAUUUCCAUUUAAGCAGCCAUUUUAAUUAUGUUUUACUUUGUCUAUUCCUUUACCCUGUUAACCUGUGAUUUCCUCCCAAAUUAACAGAAACCAUGCUGAUCACAUAAAAUGUCAUCUGCAUACAAAGUCACCAUUGUCACUGUUGACAAUAGUGAGAAUCAAAAUGGCCUCUGUGCUCUGAAAAGUGCCAGUGGGCACCGAUGAAGUGACUCAUCCAGUAUUGUCACAUCCAGUUGAUGUGAACAGCCUUUUUUGAGAUAAAUACAUUGUUUUUAGAUAAAAGCGGCUCUUCGGUAUUUGGCUUUUAUUAUAUUGUACAACAUGACAUUAAUGAUUUCUGACAGUUAGCACACACUAUUAUUCAACAUCGUUAGCCGUUUUAUCAGGGUAAGCUUUUUUAAAUAUUGGAUUUUAUGAGAGAUGGCUGUGCUAUCAAUUGGUAUAAUUCAAUAAAUGGCUGUUGAAUGACAAAUGACUGUAGCUAUCUGAAGAAUGAAGACUACCUUUUCAAAUGCUGAGAGGUACUCAGUCACUUACCUCUUGAAGCUGCUUUCACACACUUCAGAGAGAGAAUAGUUACCCUUCAGUAGCAGCCUCAAUGUCAACAUCAAUUGAAAGAUAUGAUUUCCACUUUUGUUAAUAAUAAUAAUUCAACCAAGAUGACAUACCUCUUGAAGUUUUUACACAGACAAUCUUAUUUGUGCUUCCUUACAUUGUUAAUUUUUAAUGGUUGUACUUUAUAUUCAUGAAGAAAUUUGGGCUGUAGGAAGCAGACUGAUAUUCAGAACUGGAAAACUGCUCUUUACCUGAUAGGAAAUUAUUUAUAAUAUUUAAAAUGAUUUACUAGUUUAUGUGAAAUAUAUGUUUAAAUUUGUAGAAAAUGUCAAAUUACUUUGUGUAACUAUGUAUUGCCUCUGUGUAUAUAUGGUACAUUCCUUCCUUUCUGAAAUAUUAUGGGGUAGAUGUUUUAAGCUGAUUAGUGGCACAACCAAACGUACAGUUAAGUCACAUUAAGUUCAAGGUAUUGUGAUAACGUAGAUUGGAUAGAGUGCAGCAGCAACACCUAAAUGUUAUUUUAAUCUGUAUAACCCACAGUUAUCAUCAGUGUACAUGUACCCUCUGCAUCAUGCAAUUAUCAAUACUGCUAGUCUGCAUCAAUUCAAUAUACCAAUAAACAAUACUCAAAUUAAUACAACAUCCCAGAUUCUAUGUGUGUGUUCAUUAUUCAUUAUUUCUUGUUCUCUCUCUUCUUGUUAACU